AUGUUUGAAGGCAAAUACACAACGAUGGGCAGCCGAUCAACUCUUCACCCUCGCGUCGUCAGAAAGCAGCUGAAUCAAAACUUAUGGACCGUCAUGGACCACAUUCAGGAUGAGAUCAAAGACGCUUUCGAAGAUUCUUUCCCUCCCUGUCAUGACUGGACCGAAGUGGACGUAGUCGACCGAAUAACACAAAUCGUGGCCCGCGUAUCAAGUCGCAUGUUCGGUGGUACUACCCUUAGCCGCAACAAACAAUGGAUCCAAUCGUCUAUCGACUUCGCAACAGACGGUUUUAUUGGCGCACAGGCACUCAAGAAGUAUCCUGAAUUUCUAAAACCCCUUGUUGCCCAUUUUGUUCCUGCUAUCCAAAAUAUCAAGAGCCACUAUGCUGCCGCAGAGAAGGCCGCGAUUCCUCUUCUCAAAGAGCGUGCGGCUAAUGGCACUGCUGCGCCUGAUCUGCUCUACUGGAUGGCAGAGGACGCCAAGGGAGAGGAAAAAGACUUGGCCUUCCUCGCUGGUAUUCUCCUGAAAGUUAGCUUUGCUGCGAUCCAUACAAGUGCAGCAGCACCUACGCAACUGUUGUAUGAUCUCUGCGAUAUGCCCGAAUACAUAGAGCCACUCAGGAGAGAAAUCGACCAAAAUGUCGAUGGAAAUGGGUUGCUCGACCGCCAGGGAUUUCAGGCAUUGACCAAGUUGGAUAGUAUUAUGAAAGAAAGCCAACGGUUCAACCCCUUACUUCUCAUUACAUUUGAGAGAGUCAUCACGGUAGACUACACUCUUCCUGACGGCGUAAAGAUUCCGGCCCACACAACUAUCGGCGUACCCGCCCACGCCAUCUCGAUGGAUCCCGAGAUCUUUCCUGAACCUGAAAAGUUUAAAGGCUUCCGUUUCGACGAGUCGGCUUCAAAGACGUCUCCAGACUCUCUGAGUGAAAAGGCCAAGUCCUCGGUAGCCUUUGCUGCUGCCAAUCACGCGAGUAUGGCCUUUGGAUACGGGCGGCACGCGUGUCCUGGCCGCUUUUUCGCUUCAGCCGAAAUCAAGGCAAUCAUGGUUUAUCUUCUAAAAAACUAUGACUUCAAGUUUCCUGAUGACCAGGCUGGAAGACCUUCUAGCUUGAUUUUCGAGACGCAGAACUUGCCUAACCCCGCUGGUCGUGUCAUGUUCAAAAGGAGAUGA